AGUCAGAAAGAAGGAGAGACAGACAUAGAGAUAGACACGCUCAAAAUUUUUCAUUGUUUGUUUUGUCUUUCCUUCAAAAGGAAAUAUUCAAAACACUAGAGAGACGCACAGCAACCCCAUUCUCCACCUGAACCUCCAAUCCUGAGAGCUCCCAAACCGAUGCAGUCGAUUCGAUAUCCUCAGCCUUAUCUCGUUCUCCCCUCCCAACUCCAUCCAAGCCACCAUCCCCAUCACCCGUCCCCAGUUCAGGAUAGUCGAACCCAACUGUUCAUCAACAACCUCCCGUUCCGCGUUCGAUGGCAGGACCUCAAGGAUCUCUUCAGGAAGGCUGGCACCGUCCUCAGGGCUGACGUCUCUCUAACUCCCGACAACAGGAGCAAGGGCUUUGGUACGGUCCUGUUUGCUAACCGGAACGAUGCCUUCAAGGCGAUCGAAAUCUACAAUGGAUUUAGCUGGCAGACCCGAAUCCUCGAUGUCAAGCUCGAUCAGCAAGAUCCUACCGGCGCAUUCGGAAUGGCAGCAGCAGCAUCAACGUGUCAGGUCCCGUCAUCCCAACAAAAGAAUUAUCAUCAGCAUCAACAGUAUCAACAACAACAACAACAACAACAUCAACACCAUCCAAUGGCCACUGUCUCCCAUCAUAAUAGUAAUAAUAAUAACCACUUGACCCAGCCUCAGAACUCACUCCAGCUACCCCCGCCCGCUGGCAAUCCAAUUAAUCUUCACGCGCAGAACUGGAACGGACCGAGUGGUGGUAAUAGCAACACCACCUCCGCCGGUGAUCCUCAUCAGUCAUCCUCAUUGGCUCAUCAUCCUCAUCACUCCCUCUCACCAGCUCAGCUGCCUAGUAUCAUACCGGUCUCUGCCUCAAACCACUUCCCUGCUGGACAGCAUUCAAACUCCGAUCAGUCCCUCAACCAAUCAAUCAACAAACCUGUUCAUAGUUACCAAAAGCAUCAGCACUCUCAAUCACUCAUACCCUUCUCAGAUCCAUCGCCGAAUAUGUCUAAAUCAGUCUUCAAUCCCUUGCUCAGAACCUCGACCCAUCGGCCCUCCCGCUCGGUCCAACUUUCUAAUCCUCAUCCUUCUAGCCUACCUGGUUCAUCCUCCACCGCCAGCUCCUCUCAAACACCUCCGAGUCGCCCCCUCGAUGUCCAUCAACCCGCCUUCAAACCUGCCGGAAACUCAUUGAACCAGGCUCUCAGCAGCCUUCACAUCUCCACCGUUCAAGCUAUUCCGGCACUACCCUCCGUCACCAUCUCAACCGCCCCUCCUGAUUCUAGUUCCUCCGUCUCUUCUGCCCCUGUUGAUACAUCCUCACCCGUAUCAUCACCCUCAGGCUCGGUUUCUCAACCUCAAUCCGGUGGUGCUCACUCUAAGUCUUCUUCACACAUCGGCUCCAAUCCUCCUCAUGGUGGCCCUCACAUUCACCAUCCACAAUUGCCGCCAUUCCAUCACUAUGGACCCCCGCACUCCUAUCCGCCGCAUCACAUUUCUAGUACCACAUUCAAUCAUGCGCCCUAUUCCUCCAUUCAUGGUCAGAAUGUCUGUUCAGCAUCUCGGCUUUUGUUCGUUGGCAAUUUGCCGUUCAACCUCCAGUGGCAAGACUUGAAGGACCUGUUCCGACAGGCCGGGAACAUUUUGAGGGCGGAUGUGGCGACUACGGCUGAAGGCCGAAGUCGGGGUUUUGGGACCGUGCUAUUUGCGACCGCCGAGGAUGCAAUGAAGGCUCUAGAGAUGUACGACGGAUAUGAACUCAAGGGACGGCCGUUGAAAGUUCGCUUCGACCAGCUCAAUCAUAUGUCCUCUUCAGGAAAUCCCGCGCCUGGAUCAUGGCCUGACUUUCCCACGAUCACCCCUCCUAACUUCCACCCGAUCCAUCAAGGUCCACACCAAUCCAGCCAUCCAUUGAUCCAGGAGCCCAUACCAACAACCAACGAGCAAGAAGAGUAUCCCAUGUAUAGCUCCACGACAAGCGCUGAAGAAACGCGAGAAGAGGCCCGGAGCGAUCUAUGGGCGCCUGAGCCGGUUCGGCCAAGUCUGCGCACCGUGCCGACGAUUGUACCGCCUGCUUUGAGUCCGAUUGCGUCGCGGCGGUCGAGCUUCUUCAAGUCGAACAACGGCACGUCGGAGUAUUCCAGUUCGGAUGGUGGACAGGGGGCGAGUGUACGCUCGAGCUCAGGGCCCGAGCCGAUCGGCCAUCCGGCGAGCCAACCCCGGCCACAGACGAUUCCCAUGCCGCCGCCCUAUGCUCCAGGUCUGGUCUCCCCCGCACUCCCGAAGACGAUUCAGAUGACUCCCUCGAUGCCCGCGUUCUCUUUCCAGCCGUUCAUGCCCGCCACUCCACCACUUCUGCCCAACUUCUUCUCCCCCGGCAUCGGCCCCCCGCCGACGCCGCCCUAUGGGCGUGACGGUCACACGCCCCCACCCGCGCAGACCAAGCCAGUCCACUCGCCUCUGGGAUACAACCCGAUGUUUCCAAACGAGUCGGAUGCUGAAGAAGCCCCGACGAGUGAACUUGAUGGCCAGACACGGAAGUUGGAAGACGAGGAGGGUGAUGAUGAACAGGGGAUGGAGCCGAAAAGGAUGAACUCGAACGUGGACUGGGGAUAUCAACAAAGUGCAUCUGUGGCCGGCAACCGGCGCACGUCGUUAUUUGUCGGGCGAGCCAACAAAGCCGACCAAGGCCCGGCGUCCCAAAACCGACUGGCCCCCCGUGGCGGGUUUGCUGGGCGCCGAUUAUUGGGCGUCGGCGAGGAGGCCGACGAGGAUGGAAUGGGCGCCGAGUGCGCUAGUCGUAGGGCUAGCUUCGAUGUUGCUAGUCUCUUCAAUUCUCAGCACCCUUCCCCUCCCGCUAAGCUCGCUAAACAACGCCCCUCCGAUAUCAUCAUCUCCGCGCCCGAUAACGACUCCUCUACGAAGCCUGUGGACCCCUCUUCUCUCGUCUCGCUCCCCGCUCUUCCUCCUCCUCCUCCUCCCUCUGAUCAGAAUACGAUCGAUAGGGUCGACCUCGUCGGCCUCGGCUUCGUUGACUCUAUUUGGACCGAUAAACAAUAAUUCUCUACUCUCAUCUGUUUGGCUUCUUUUUAUUGGAUCUUUCUUCAAUCGGUGUGCUUAUGUGUGUUUGUUUGUUUUUUUUGUGAAGGGAACUUUCAGGUUUUGGAUUUUUUUUUUAGAUUUUUUUUUUGGCCUGUCAUCUUUACAAACUGUUGACCUUUUUUCUUUUUAUAAUACCAAGAAAAAAAAUAGCUACUAUUGAUCAUAUGAUGAUAUACAUAUAUAAUAAAAAAACAGUAAAUUGUAGGAACUUCUUUUUGGUUCAUUUUGGACUCUUUUGGACUCUUCUUCUUUCAUCCUUUGUUAAUCUUUUCUUCAUUUUACAUAAUCACUCGAGGAAAUAAUUUCAA